AAAAAAGCCACCCGAGCUGAUGACGUAGCGAGUUCCACGUUGGCCCGGACGUGGCAGUGAGGCGAACAACUUGUUAUUCUUGCUACACACAUUGAUAGACAUUUUGUUUACCGGGCACAUUUUACACCGUUUCCAGGAGAUAACACGUACAAUGGGUCUCACCAUUUCGUCACUCUUAAGCCGAUUUUUUGGCAAGAAACAAAUGAGAAUCCUAAUGGUGGGGUUGGAUGCUGCAGGAAAAACUACUAUCUUGUACAAACUGAAGCUUGGAGAGAUUGUGACCACCAUCCCAACUAUUGGUUUCAAUGUGGAGACGGUUGAGUACAAGAACAUCUGUUUCACUGUAUGGGAUGUGGGUGGCCAGGACAAGAUCCGACCACUGUGGAGGCACUAUUUCCAGAAUACACAGGGCCUCAUCUUUGUAGUGGACAGUAACGACAGAGAGAGAGUGGCUGAAUCUAACGAGGAACUGAAUAAAAUGUUGGCGGAGGAGGAGUUGAAAGAUGCCGUUUUGCUGGUGUUUUCUAAUAAGCAAGAUCUUCCCAACGCCAUGUCUGUCAGUGAACUCACAGAUAAACUCGGCCUUCAGAACCUCCGCAACCGAACUUGGUACGUCCAGGCUGCCUGUGCUACCCAGGGCACUGGACUAUACGAAGGGCUCGACUGGCUCUCCAACGAACUGUCCAAGCAGAACUGAUGGACUUCACUGGACAACACAAGAUCAAGGGAGGGAGUGCGGAGCAAAGGGUGCAGCACCAGAAAAGGAGAGAAGACCACAUUCAAUGAAAAAAUAUAUAUUUUGGGGUUUUAUUUUUAGUACUUGCUAUCCCAAAAAAGGACUUGUCUUGUGGACAAUGCAAUCAGCGUAAUUGGAACAUAUUAAUAUGCUUCUCUUAUACUUCUUUUAACUUUAUUGGUUUUAUUGUAAGUAUCCUUUUACUACGUUUCUCCUUUUGUUGCCAACCUUUGCAUGAUGAGCAAAAUGGUGUUUUGAAGGUAUCAUUCAAUCAGAGAAGAGCGUUAACUCAUGUCACUCUUGCUCCUCCUUCAGCCAAUGUUGGCAGACAUCACCCUCAGCCACUUUUAUAAUGUUCGAUUUUUCAUUGUCAUGGAAAGGACUAACCUGCGGUUUAGAUGAUUAACUAACUUACUAGCUUUUGGUUAUGGAUAACCUGCUGUGUACCGCAAGCUAUUAACCACCACCCUCCCGGGAACAUUGGUUUCCCAUCACUGCUUUCACCACUUUUUCAUCUUCCCUGUGUCUGCUGUUGUAUAAGCCCCACUGUAGCUUGUUAAAAUGAGCUGGAGAAGGAUGGCAUUAAUUAAAUGAAUGGAUUUUUUUUGUUUUACAUGUGUUUGAACAUGUUGACCUCUAAGUAAAAGGAACCAAAAAGGAACAGUGUGCCUUCUGGUCUCUUUACA